AUGUCUGGUUUCAAGAGCCUGGCCCUGUUGCUGGCGGCUCAGCUCGCCAAUGCUCAGGGCGGCUACCCGAACCCUCCUGUUGCAGGUCUGCCUCCUUUGGGNUUCCCUGGUACCGACUACCCUGGCGCUGCAGUACCGUAUGCUGUCGCUGGCGCCAAGUUCAACCAGACUUCUCCUCCCUACUAUCCUUCUCCUUGGGGAACAGGUGCUGGAGAGUGGGCAGGCGCGUAUGAGAAGGCUAUUGCGUUUGUGUCUCAAUUGACUCUUGCUGAGAAGGUCAACUUGACUACUGGUUCGUUCUCACAUCGUCUCCUUCCUUGGGAGUCUGAGAAGUGCGUUGGUAACACUGGAUCCAUUCCCCGUCUGGGUUUCAAGUCCCUCUGUCUUCAGGACUCGCCUCUAGGUGUCAGAUUUGGUGACUUCGUCUCUGCUUUCUCCGCAGGCGUCACUGUUGCCGCAACAUGGGACAGAUCACUCGCAUACACGCGCGGUAACGACAUGGGUAGUGAGCACCGUGAGAAGGGUGUCGAUGUCAUGCUUGGCCCAGUCGUUGGCCCCCUUGGCCGCAGUCCUGAAGGCGGUCGCAACUGGGAGGGCUUUAGUCCCGAUCCCGUCCUCUCUGGUAUCUUGAACGCCGAGACAGUCAAGGGUAUUCAGGAUGCUGGUGUCAUUGCUUGCACCAAGCACUACAUCCUCAACGAGCAGGAGCACUUCAGACAAGGNGGUCCUAACAUCUCUGAUUCCGUGUCUGCCAAUGUUGACGACAUCACUCUGCACGAGCUUUACGUCUGGCCCUUUGCCGAUGCUGUACGUGCCGGUACUGGUAGUGUCAUGUGCUCGUACAACCAGGCCAACAACAGCUACGUCGUCCUCAAGGCUGAACUCGGGUUCCAAGGUUUCGUCGUCUCUGAUUGGUCAGGGCAGCACUCCGGUGUUUCGAGCGCUCUUGCAGGUCUCGACAUGACCAUGCCCGGAGAUGUCGGCUUCGACAGCGGCACUUCAUUCUGGGGUGCCAACCUCACUGUCGCCGUUCUCAACGGAACCGUCCCUCAGUACAGACUCGAUGACAUGGCUGUCCGUAUCGUCGCAGCCUGGUACCUCGUGGACAGGGAAGACAACCAAGUCGAGAAUGCACCCAACUUCUCGUCAUGGACCACCAGAACAUUCGGAUACCGUCACUACGGUGCUCAAGAGGGCUAUGAACAGAUCAACUACCACGUCGACGUUCAAGACGACCACCGUGACAACAUUCGCGAGAUUGCUGCUAGGGGUACCGUGCUUUUGAAGAACAAUGGCGCCUUGCCUCUCAAGGGCACCGAGCAACUCGUCGGUGUCUUUGGUGAGGAUGCUGCUGACAACCAGUACGGACCUAAUGGUUGCUCUGACCGCGGCUGUGACAAUGGUACCCUUGCUAUGGGAUGGGGUAGUGGAACUGCCAACUUCCCCUACCUUGUUGCCCCUCACACUGCCAUCGAGAAUGAGGUUCGCUCUCACGGCAAGUCUGUUGAGAGUGUUCUCGACCGUGCCGCCUACAGCCAAAUCGACACUCUCGCCCAACGUGCUGACGAAGUGAACGGUGCCUGUAUCGUAUUUGCCAACGCAGACGCUGGUGAGGGCUACAUCAUCGUCGACGGUAACCAAGGAGACCGCAACAACCUCACUCUCUGGCAGGGUGGUGAAGAUGUCAUCCGCAACGUAUCAUCCCUGUGCAAGAACACCAUUGUCGUGCUCCACACCGUCGGCCCUGUCUUGAUCAAUGACUGGUUCGUCUUGACUAUCCUUCCAGUGAACCUCAGAGCUGACUGUUACCUAGGNUACGACCACGAGAACAUCACCGCAAUUCUGUGGGCUGGUGUUCCCGGACAGGAAUCAGGCAAUGCCAUCGUCGACGUUCUGUACGGCAAGGUCAACCCCUCUGGCAAACUUCCUUUCACCAUGGGCAAGACCCGUGAGUCUUACGGCACCGAUCUUCUCUACGAGUACAACAAUGGUGGUGCAGCCCCUCAGACUCAAUUCGAGGAGGGUGUCUUCAUCGACUACAGAGCCUUUGACAGACAAGAUGAAACUCCUGUCUACGAGUUUGGUUAUGGUCUCUCGUACACCAACUUCAGCUACUCCGACAUCUCGGUCUCGGUUAACACUUCGGCUCCCGCCUAUGUUCCUGCCUCUGGUCUGACCAAGGCUGCUCCUAUCUAUGGCACUAUCUCGAACAACUCUGCCGACUAUGUNUUUCCUGCCGAUGUCAGACCUAUCGAGUACUACAUCUACCCCUACCUCAACUCCACCAACCUUCGCGCUUCGUCCCAAGACCCCCACUAUGGUGGUAACUACAGCUUCCCUGCUGGCUCUUCUUCAAGUGCACCCCAGCCUCUUCUUCCCGCUUCUGGAGCUCCAGGUGGCAACCCCGGUCUCUACGACAUUCUCUACACCGUCACUGCCACUGUUACCAACACUGGUUCUGUCGAAGGCGAGGAAGUUCCUCAGCUCUACAUCUCUCUCGGCGGUCCCAACGACCCUAAGGUCGUCCUUCGUCAGUUCGACAAGUUCUCGAUCGCACCUGGUGCCUCGAAGACCUUCACCGCCCAGAUUACCCGCAGAGAUGUCAGCAACUGGAGCCCAGAGCUUGAUGACUGGUAUGUCAGCGAGUACCCCAAGACCGUCUACGUCGGAUCUUCCAGCAGAAAGCUGCCUCUUAAGGCUGCUCUGCCUGCCAAUGGUGCCACCUCUCCCGGUACUGGCAACGGUGGCUCUGGCUCCGGNCAACGGCACUUACACCGUCCCUCCCGUCUCUGCCCCUGGUACUGCCUCCUUGACCUCCGAAUCCGCCUCCAAGUCUUCGUCGCAGUCUACUUCCAAGUCUUCUUCGCAGUCUACUUCCAAGUCUUCUUCGCAGUCGGCCUCCAAGUCUUCCUCGCACUCGUCGAGCCACUCGUACUCUCACUCAUACUCUCACUCUUCCACCAACGGCGGACACAACUCGUGGACCACCUACACCCAGCCCACUGGCUACCACUCAACAUGGUAGAGUGA